UUAAUAUGAGGAUCUUUUGGUUGUUUUUAUCACAUGUACACAUCUGGAGUCUGCUGGAAGUGCAUCGAUGGAAGUUCUUGCAAGUUUGCAGGUUCAUCUGAUCAUCAUCUUGCUGCCUGAUAAAGGUAGAUAAGUGGACAUGGGUUGGAGGCGUCGCUAUUGCCCCAGUCCGACCUGUGUGUUCAUGGUGGUGGCGGUGUGUGUUUUCUAUCAGUGCUUGAGUCUCCUUUGGACAAGGACACCUUGGACCAUUGAGGUGUAUGGAUCUGGAGCAGACAGCGCACUGAUGGAUGUGAGUGCGACCUCAAAGACCAAGGACUGCCUCUCUGCAUGGACUAGUUUAUAUAUGAGGAUGAAGGAGUUUGAAGGUUCUAUGCAAGAGAAACAAAAUCCCAGAGUUAAGAAACGGGCGUUUUUGUAUGCACCCUCACUGCUCACCGAAGAUUACAGCAUGUACAGAGAUAUCCUGGCAAAGCUAGGGUACACCAUGCUCUCUGAAGAUGUCCAAAAUCUCACGCUCAGGAACCAGGAGCUACUUACUAAAGGUAUGCUAACCUACAAAGAUGUCUUAAUUUACAUUCCAUCCAAUAAUAAUAUACACUUAAACUGCAAGGAGAUGUGGGAGCUUGCACAAUCAAGACAGACCACAAAGGUGUUGCCAGAAAUACUGUGCAGCAAAGAAAUGAUUUGCAAAAUGGCUGAUAUAUGCCCAGAAUUACAGAACUUAUUAAUAUGUUCAACCAAUUCCGGAAAACUGAGUUCUAGAAGAUCAUCCAGCAGCAAAGUCAAGAACGAAUAUAAAAAGAUGUGUAGAACCAGUCAACUGGUUAAAGAUCAUUUUAAUUUACAGACUGAACAUGAACAUCCAUCUCAGAAAUCACCACUCAUGAGAAUAUAUGUGCUUACAGCGUCUAUGUCGCCGCUACGUGCCUUUAUCCAUUCUAUUGGGAUUGUUCAGAGCCAACCUAAUGAACCAUACAUUCCAGUGAAGCUCCAGAGCUUUUACGGGAAGCUAUUGAAAUCAUAUUCAGCUUCAAAAGCCUUUAGUGCCCUGAAGGAGACAAUAGCCAAGUUUCUGCUCACCUUGGAGGUGCUGAGUGAAGCAUCAGAUCUGGAAACCAAUCUGAUUAAAAGAUGCCAGGAAUGUUUCCAGCUAUUAACUGUUGAAGUUGGACUCAACGAUAUGUUACAGCCCACAGUGCUCCAGGUCAAAUCUAACUUUCAGUUUGAUGGAUUAAAUAAAGACAAUCAAAAAUACAAAGAACUCAUUAUUGGAAAUGCAUUUUCUUUUAUUUUACGAAAUACAUCAUUCAGUUUUUUGAAGGCAUUUGAAAAUAUACAGGAGCCAGUGUUUGUGGAUAAAGGCGUCUGCUGGAUGGAUGAUGGUCGAAAUUUAACGUUGGAACAGUUGAACAUGUUGUUCAGUUUCGCUCAGGAACUUACAAAUCCUGGGGAGUUUGAAAUGAUUUAUCCUUCAACUUAUUCUUCCCUUGUGGCCCUGAAAAAAGAACUCUACAACACAGUGGAUCCAAUAGGGAAGCUAGAACCUAUUUCAUCUAUGCAUGCGCUCCUUUCUGAUCUACAUCUGCAUUUUAACUUACUGAAAAAUAUCACCCAAUUCAGUUCUCCUUCAAAAACCACAUUCGGUGAAAAAUGGCGAGACUCAUCUGCAUCAUUUGGAGGUGUGAAUGUUCCAUCAGGACACCCCAAACAGAAAAACUGUAGUAAAGACGAUGAUACUCUAUCUCACAUCAGACGUAUCUUCACCAUUCCUCAGCUCGACCUGACUCCAGAAUUUAACCCGCACAUCAAAGCCUACCAUGUGGAAGUGCCAUUUGAUGUAGUGACAGUGGAAAUUGGAGUGGAGCCUGUAAACUGCAAAGCUCAAGUGCACCUGGAGGAGAAGAAUGGACCAAGCAUUGCCAAUUUCCCCCUGGGCUUGGGUUUCAAUCAGAUCACCAUAUAUGUCACUGAAGAUUCCAAAGCAGACCUUGUGAUAUUGGGAACCUAUAGAAUUACAGUGCAUCGGGAAGACCGUCCAAGUAUGCCUCUUUUUGGCCAUUAUAAUAUUUGUGGAUUUGUACAGGACUGUGGUUUGGUCAUUGAUCCUGAGCAACCAUGUGGAUUACAACCUCUCUCCUCUGAGUCCUUGUCCAGACUUUCACAAGCACAGCAGCGGAAAUGUGACAGUGGAGAUGCAAGAGGUCAAUGGGUUGUCCCCUGUAUGAGCUGUACAGACAAUAGGACAUGUGAUUGGCAUGCAGUAUCGUGGCAAACUUACAAUUGUCAGCAUACCAUCUUAUCGAAACUGGAACUGCAGCAGUGCUUGAAGGACAGAAAAGUCCUCUUCAUUGGAGAUUCCACCAACAGAGGAAUAAUGUACUAUUUGAUAGAAAGAGUAAAUGAAACAUUGCAAGAGUGGCAGAAGUCUCAUUCCAUGACAUUUUACAACAAUGUGAACCAAGGAAGAACAGCGGUUAGUUACUCUUAUUAUCCUCAGUUCUGGAUAAACGACACCCAUCGGCCAUCCUUUGAACACGCACUAGAGCAACUCAUUAAAAGAUCACGUCCUCUUAAGAAUACGAACCAGACCAUACUGGUAGUUGGUGGAGUUCAGUGGCUCAGCACAAACCACUUGCUCAUUAUUCAAAGAGUUUUGAAAAGGGAAAACCUGUCAAAUAUUUUGGUAAUAGUUAAAUCGACAGGGAUGGGUUUCCACCUACCAGUACACAGAAUUCGCUCUUUGACCCCGAUCCAGAUAAAACAGUUACAUGAUGAAAACCUGCUCAUUUUGAAGACAGCAAAACUCCAUGGUUAUGAAGUAGUUGAUACAUUUAGUAUUACCAUGGGACGGUACAAGGAGUUCUUGCAAGGCAAAUGUGGAUGCCACUUCCAUGAGGUUGUGAAAUCCAAUGUUUUCCAGGAACAUUACACAAGGAAGAUGAGAUUGUUUAGAAAGUAUACUUUGGGCGGCAUGCCUUUUCCUCAGCUUCAAGAACUCUCACCAAAUUUUGAAACGCCUUACCAUGUAAUGGGUCCGGUGAACCAGGCCUAUUCUGAAAUCCUUCUCAGCAGGAUGUGCGUAUAAAAAUGCAAAUGACGAGGGUCUCCCAAAAAAGCCCUUGGACUGAUAAUGCCUUUUGGGACAAGGAGCAGACUGUCUUUAUUACAGACGUCUCUGAUGGAUUCAAUAUGUACAAGCACAGACAUGCGGUUUUAUAUGGAGAAGAUGGAGGAUAGGAAGAUUCCUUUAAGUAAUGCCAAGUUUGGGGUGAACAUUACAUAUUCUGAUUGUAAAGAGAAGCACAAUUGUACAAAAGAGUUGUAUUUGUAUAUAUAUGAAAAAAAAAGAAAUUAUUUCAGACAAGCCCAGCUGACUUUUAAUAAUGAAAUUAUGUUUUACUCAGGUGGUAUGAAUGCGUAAAACAGAAUAUAUUAAAGAUAAUUAAAAAUGAGUAUGUUUAAAGUAUAUAGACAUAUGUUUUGGUGAGCAAUGUGUUUUUUAAACAACAUAUUUUUAAAACCAAUAAACCGUUAGAGAAGCAAUAUAACAUUAUGG